AUGGUUUCCCCGGCCUCAGGCCGCUGGACUCGCGUAGACCCGGGUUCAGCCCCGGGGGCCACCGCGCUGACCGGGCCCCGGGCACCAUCCCGAGAGUUUGCAGACCCCUUGGGGUUUCCCCUCCCCGGGUGCCUGGGGGCCUUCACGCCAGUGGCCCAUUCGUUCGGGGCUCCCCUGUGUCCUGCCCCCCACAGGCGCUCAUCUGGAGAAGCUGGUGCUGGGAGACGCGCCCGGACCCCACAGACCCAGACUCGGAAGAGAGGAAUCAGCCCUAGAGGAUCGGACUCACCCCUCCAGACUGCCCUGCGCCCCCCACCAGCUCCGCUCGGCCUUCCUAGCUCCUCGCAGCCGCCGGCCUGCCGUCUGCCUCUCGCUCCCAGCUUCCUCCCCCGGCUCUGGCUUCGACCUGGCUGCUCCCCCUCCCUGGGCCCAAGCCCAGCGUUUGCAAACCCGGCUCCAUCUCUGAGGGUCCCCGAGCGCCCCUCCCUCACCCCCCUCUGCAGGGCUCGGACUGUGCUCGGCUCUGGGAGGGACGCCCACGGGAAGCAGGGGACAGAUGCCCAGGCCGGAACCAGAACCAAUGGGACCCAACAGCACCAGCCACCCAAGGCCCAGGCACCACCAGCCGAUAAACCAAAAACCAAAAGACACGGAGCCAGCCCACGCCCGCAGCCACCCGGGACCCUGGAGCUGAGCAUCCCUCCAGGCAGCUCAGCGGUGCCCCUACAGGAGUGCCCUGCAGGACCUCGCUGCUGCCCACACCUGAGCCCCCCAGGAGGCAGAGACUCUGGAGCAGUCCCCUGAACCCCAGGCACCAGCUGUGUGACCAAGCACCCCCAGCCUCGCCUCACCGCCUUGUAAAAGGGGGGUGAGGGCUAGAGCCACAGGGGGGCUCCCAGCACGGAAGGCACCGAGUCUGACACGUGGAGAGGGGACACUGGGCCUGCCUGGGGCUCUG